CCUAGGUGCAGGAUAAACGCUAUUAUUCCCCCUCUCGUCCCAUUACACUACAGGGUAUCAAAUUAUCCGGAUAGCUAUACCCGCGAAAACUACAAGCCAUCGGUUGCGUCUUCAAUAUGUCUGACCCGGCGACAGAAACGGUCAAUCUCCCCAUCAUCAACAUCUCCAACCUGACUCCCGAAACAGGCAAGCAGGUCCUGGAAGCCGCGGUUCGACAUGGAUUUCUGUAUGUAGAUCCAACCGGCACCAAGCUCACCCAGGAUCUGGUGGAUCGAGAAUUUGAUCUCUCCAAACAAUUUUUCGACUUGUCCACACUGGAAAAACAGCCGUAUCGUAUCAACGAUAACCGGGGCUGGGCCGGCAUGAAAGUCGAAGCGUUAGACCCCAAAGCACAAGCCAAGGGAGACUACAAGGAGGCGUUCAACAUCGGUGAGUUCGACCAGGGGCGUCCUCAACAGGACCUGCCCUCAGUUCUCGAGAAUCACAGGGAGGAGCUAUGGGAAUUCGAAGUGGCGUGUCGAGAGACAUGCCGCCGAAUUCUGGAUCUUUUGGGGAUCGGUCUAGAAAUUGCCGACACCGAGUUCUUCAGCAAAUGCCACAGCAGCGUCGACGAGACCAAAAAGUGCGGAGCCGCCGUCCGCAUGCUCUACUACCCUUUUGUGGAGGCCAGCAGCGAUUAUCAACCAGAGGUCGACGUUCGCGCCGGGGCGCACUCGGACUAUGGCUCCAUCACUCUACUCUUUCAACGUCCCUCCCAGCCAGGACUGGAAAUUUUGAAGGAUGAUGGCAGCUGGGCGCCGGUGGCUGUCAUCCCUCGCGGCUAUGGGAGCGACACGUUCCCGCCCAUCUUGGUCAACAUUGGAGAUUUGCUGAGCUACUGGACGGGCGGAUUACUCAAAAGCACCGUCCACAGAGUCAUCUUCCCCAAGGGCGCACCCAAAGACGGCGAACCUAGGUACUCGAUCGCGUAUUUCUGUCAGCCGGCAGAGGAGACAACGCUGCUGCCGGUCCCCAGUCGGCUGGUGCAGGAGCACAAGCAGAGUCAAGGCCUGGCAGUAGAUGGAACUGAGGGUGAGACAACGGGUUAUGGAUACGGGGCUGACCACGUUACGAAAGCUCAGACUGCCAAAGAACAUCUAUGGAGUAGGUUGAACGCUACGUAUGGAAUCAGGUCUGGCGCGUGAGAACAUGAGAUAGUGGAUGGAUGAAUUUGCAUUUGAGCCACGGAAGUCAGGUAGCACCAGUCAGAGAUAAUGCAGAGAUCCAAAAGGCAAGAGUUCAGUAACCGGAAUCAUAUUUUCAGAGAAUCAAC